AUGGUAUUACUGUUGGCUGCUUCAUUUGGGUUAAGGCGAAGACCCGUGCUGGUACUAGAUUGCUGUUACUAUUUUGUCGGCUUUCCAUUGUGGGCAAUGUUUUCUCAUAUGUCCUGCCUGACCGCACUUGAAACAUUUGUUGGUGUCGGCCUGGCAUUCUCCCGUGUGUUUUUUCGAGCAUUUAGGACAGGUGGGGCGCUCUACUCUGUUGCUUUGGUGAUUCCCACGAAUCUGAUCAUUGUAGAAACUAUUGCGGUUGUUAGGGUGGUUCGGAGUGUUAUGACUAUUGUUAUUUGUGGCUGGGGGUCUCGGUCUAUUGUCAAUGCCACUAUUCUGCCCUUCAUUAGCUUUCCUCUUAUUGCCCUCAUUGAAGCCCUUAUUUCGGUGGGCCUCUCUUCUGCCAGCAUUGUCCUUCCAUAUAUGAUCCUCCAAAGAAACAGCUAUGAAGAUUAUAAGUCAGGAGAUAAAAAAGAUGUAGAGAUCGAGUCAUUUGAACUUGCAGUCUUGCAGAUGAAAAAUUGUCUCUUUUCAUUUCCAGAUCCUAAUAAAAUAUUACGAUGUGAUCGAACAAUUCAGUCUUUUGCUAAAACAGGGGAAGGUGGCUCUGGCUAUUGCAAAUACGGUUGGAGCAAGUAUGCUGCUCCAUCUGUGCGCUCUACUACUUUCUUGGUAAGAGCACCAUCACAGCCAGUGGUUGUGUCUAUGCCAAUAUUGCAUUAUGAUGAUACUGAAUCUGCAAAAGCAUCAAGACGGCAACUCAAGGAAGCUAUAUAUACAACACUAUUUAACAUGAAUGUUCUUGCUGUUUGUGCAAUUAAUCAGGCAACUUUAGCUUUGUAUGCUGCUAGAAGAACUUCAGGAAUUGUUGUAAAUAUUGGGUUUCAAGUCACAUCAGUUGUUCCAAUUUUACAUGGUAAAGUAAUGCACAAAGUGGGUGUGGAGGUUGUGGGACUGGGAGCACUAAAACUUAUCGGGUUUCUUAAGGAGUUGAUGCAGCAGAACAAUAUUAGUUUUGAAUCGCUGUACACCGUUCGCACUUUGAAAGAGAAUCUCUGUUAUGUUGCCUAUGAUUAUGAGGCUGAGCUACUCAAAGAUACACGAGCAUCAUCUGACGCAGCAGGAGAAGGUCAGUUCACUCUUUCAAAAGAACGGUUUCAAACAGGAGAAAUCUUAUUCCAGCCACGAAUGGCAGGAGUGUAAGUUCUGGAACUUAUAAUAUUUAUUGCUUCACGAGCACUGUCAGGAAAGUUCCAACUGUGUGGAUGCAUGUGAGUGUGUGUGUGUGUGCUGCAAGGAUAUUAAAACUUCUACCAUAUAAUUCAUCGAAAAAGAUGUCUAGAAAUGCUUUAUGUCUUGAUUCUAGGCGUUAAAAAUGUGACGAGAAUACAGUUCUUCUAAGAGAAUAUAAUUGAGACUUCAUGAAAGUAUAGUGUUUAAAUUGU